AUGUCAGAUCAGCCACCAAGUUACAACGAGAAGAACCAGCCUUACAACCAACCAGGUUAUAAUCCACAGCCAGUCCAACAGCAACAAGAUUAUCAUCAACCUCAACCUCAACAACCAAUUCAAGAACAACAACCACAACAAUCAUCCCAAGACCAAUACAAACAAUCUCAGCAGCAAAGCCAAGGUCAAGGUCAAGGUCAAGGUCAGCCAUACGUCGUUGUUCAACACGGUAACAUCCCACCUGAACCAAAGAAAUUCGGAGGAUGUGCUAAAUUUGGAUUAUACUUACUAUGUUUCAUUUUCCCACCAAUUUCCACUUUAAUUGUUUCACCAAAGGGUAGUGACACUAUAAUCAAUAUCUUGUUACUGUUUUUAGUUGGUAUUGGAUCUAUUAUCCAUGGUAUUUAUAUCGUUUACAAAUAUACUAGUGGAGAAGGUAGUUAUGAUGCUUGGGAGGAGAAAUAUGGUAAAAGAAAGCCAACUACGGUGUGA